AUGGUUCUCGCACGAUUUGCUUGGCUUGCCGGCUUGGUUGGCACUGCCAUUGCUGCGACUCCAGCUGAAUGGCGCUCACAGUCGAUCUACUUCAUGCUCACUGAUCGCUUUGCCCGAACGGACGGUUCGACUACUGCCGCCUGUGAUACCGAUGCUAGAAAAUACUGUGGCGGAACAUGGCAAGGAAUCAUAGACCAGCUAGACUACAUCCAAGGAAUGGGCUUCACGGCCAUUUGGAUCACUCCUGUGACCGGUCAAUUGACUGAGGACACCAAGUACGGAGAUCCAUAUCACGGAUACUGGCAGCAGGAUAUCGAGGCUCUUGACUCGAACUACGGGACUGCAGACGAUCUCAAGGCCCUCGCGGCGGCUUUACAUAAACGCGACAUGUAUCUCAUGGUCGACGUCGUAGCAAACCACAUGGGCUACGCUGGUGCAGGCACUGACGUAGAUUACUCCAAAUUCAACCCCUUCAACGAUGCGAAGUAUUUCCACCCUUACUGCCCAAUCACCGAUUACAGCAACGACACCAUGGCCCAGAACUGCUGGCUUGGUGAUAACUCUGUUUCUCUACCGGAUCUGGAUACAGACAGCGAGGAGGUGCAAAAUAUAUGGUAUGACUGGGUUGGAAAGUUCGUUACUGACUACUCGAUUGACGGCCUCCGUAUCGACACAGUCAAACAUGUCAAGAAAGACUUCUGGCCCGGCUACAACAAAGCCGCCGGCGUCUACUGCGUAGGCGAGGUCCUUGACGGCGACGUUGAUUAUACUUGUCCAUACCAGGAGGUAAUGGAUGGAGUGCUCAACUACCCAAUUUACUAUCCACUCCUCAACGCGUUCCAAUCGACCUCGGGAAGCAUGGCCGCCCUAUACAACAUGAUCAACACGGUAAAAUCGAGCUGCAAGGACUCAACGCUUCUCGGAAAUUUCUUAGAGAACCACGACAACCCACGUUUUGCCUCCGUCACCGACGAUAUUUCCCUCGCUAAGAACGCAGCCACAUUCACCAUCAUGACAGACGGCAUUCCUAUUGUCUACGCAGGACAAGAGCAACACUACAGCGGCGGCGAGGACCCAGCUAAUCGCGAGGCUCUGUGGUUGUCUGGAUUCGACACGGACAGCGAACUAUACAAACUCAUUGCGACGGCCAAUGGUGCUAGAAAUGUGGCCAUUGCUAAGGGUACCAAUUAUACUAUUUACCAGAACUACCCAAUCUACAAAGACGAGAGCACCAUCGCCAUGCGCAAGGGCUAUGAUGGCGGGCAGUCAAUUACCGUCCUGACAAAUCUCGGUGCAGGCGGUAAAGAGUACUCGCUUUCGAUUCCUGAGACUGGAUUCAAGGCUGGUGAUAAGUUGACGGAGGUUGUGUCCUGCGCCAGUGUUACUGUUGCUGAGGGUGGGGAGGUGCCUGUUCCUAUGGCGGGUGGAGAGCCGAGAAUUUUGUUGCCCACUGCUUUGCUUGAGGGCUCUACCCUGUGUGCGUCAUAG